AAAUUCCUUUGGAUGACGAAAUUUAUUAUUAUUGCGCAGCCGGUCGUCGAGAAGUUUGGAAAACUUUAAGCUCUAAUAUUUUUAAUUUUUAUUUAACUACACAGUGGAAAUGGCUUACCAGAAGAGUAAAUUUGCUUUGACCAUGCCAGAAACGGAUCAAGUAUUGCACACCUUGCAAUCGCUGGGAAUUACCAAAAAGGAAGACCAGCCUAAGAGCAAUUUCCCAAAGUACAUGGAAAAUAACAAGAAAAUGAUGAGGUUCUGGUACAAGCGCUAUAAACUGUUUUCACGAUUUGAUCAAGGAAUUAAGUUGGAUGCUGAGAGCUGGUACUCAGUGACACCUGAGGGGGUUGCUGAGGAGAUUGCUCAGCGACUCGCCUGCGACAUUGUGGUGGAUGCAUUUUGUGGCUGUGGUGGCAAUGCGAUACAAUUCGCCAAAACCUGUCGUCGUGUUAUUGCCAUUGAUAUCGAUGCUAACAAAUUGGCGAUGGCUAAGCAUAAUGCAACCAUUUACGGAGUGGCCGAUAAAAUAGAAUUUAUAUACGCUGAUUUUCUGCAUUUUGCUAGCAGCACUCGCUUGCGUGCCGACGCCGUUUUCCUCAGCCCACCUUGGGGAGGAACAAAUUAUUCAAGAGAGGAAUUCGAUAUUGAAAAGUAUCUAUUGCCGGUGGGUGCUACGAAAAUGAUGCAAUAUGCCAGGCGCAUUUCGGAGAAUGUCGGAAUCUAUUUGCCUCGCAGUUCGAAUAUUAAACAGGUGGUUGCUCUUGCAAAAGAGAAACAACAUCGCGAAGUAGAUAUGAAUUUUUUGGGUUCUAGUUGGGUAGCCAUAACAGCUUACUUUUGGGAUUUUAAGUUUUAAUGUUCGUUUCUCUGUGCCAUAUUAUUCAAAAUAAUAUAUUUUCAUUAAUAUUCAUACAUAUAGACAUAGACAUUUAGAAUAAGAAACUAUUACAAAUGUAAUUGAAAUACAAAUAAAUAUGCAUAUAUAUU